AAAAGAAGAAAUAAAAAAUUAGCGGAAAAUGGUUGACUGAUUUCUGCUAAAAGAAUUCUAACUUCCGGGAAAUCUUGGAAUUUAUGUAUUCGCACAUAAUAUUCAUUCCUCUACUCGGCAUGCUCCAUUCUCAAUCUUUCAAAACUAUCAAGAAUCUGAGAUGUCCACAAAAUCCUUGCAAAAAUGGAGGAACCUGUUUCGUCAUCACAGAAUCGCUAGUGCCCACGUUAUGCCCCAAAGGUUUUAAGAGCGUAGAAAAUGGCUGCGUCAAGAGGAUCAUUCUGGAUAUGCAUCGAGAUACCAACUUAGGAUAUAAUUGGUUCGAAAGUCGGAGUCUAUGUUCGAAUAUUAGCACGAUCCUAUUCACACCAACCUCAAAGCGGGACAUAAAAGAUAUAGAAAAUUUUAAAUUCGGGAAUAUGCCGGAUAAUAAGGUAUUAGGUAUCUGGACCUCUGGUGCCUUCCUAGAAAACAAAUGGGUUUGGACGGGCAGUUCAAACAGAUCUAUCUCACCGUCAAAUUUUCAUCCUUUGUUCAAGUUAAAUGACGAGAAAAGUAGGAUACACCCAUGCUUAGCCUUAAAUAAUCAACCCGAUUUGAAAGUAUCGAACACUUCUCUGCUAAAUUUAUACCUCUCAAAUUCCGAUUGUUUGGAUAGGAAGCAGAUUAUCUGCCAAAAGCCAAAAUCUUUUUCCCAAGAAUACAAAUAUCAAUGCCUGUGUCCUAAUAAUGUCUCUGGAUACGAUUGCGAAAUAUUGGAAGAAAUAACACUCGAAAGAAACGUGAGUCAAGGUCUUACGAGGUUGACUCUCAGUCCCAAGGAAAACAUACAUUUAGUUUGCGGCAGAAAUGGAAUGGAGACCUCGAAUUACCAUAUUUCGAUGGAGUUCGCCUAUUUAGGGGAUCUUUCUGACCCCGACCCUAACGACCCUUAUACUUAUUGUCACGCUCCGCAAAUCUUGGCUAUCAUGAGAAAAAGAUGCCACGGCUUAGCGAAUUGCUCCCUACCAUCCAUACUGACGUUUUUACCGUCUGACGCUUGCCCUUACAUAAACUUAGCUUCCAACGAUAGCGGAGAUCCUAAACCGAUGUUAACGCUAAGAUUUAGCUGCAGCGACAAACCACAAUAUUGCCACGGAGAUCAUUAUAAAUACGAAAGGGUCUGUUAUUAUUUUAAUUUUCACUCCUCCGCCCUCAUGAAUUGGUACAAGGCGAGAAAGGAAUGCGCAGUGAAAGGGGGAGACUUGUUGAGCUUAAAUGCCAUCGAAGAUAUAUACAUAGAACAAUUGCUCAAAUCGAAGGCCCGCGAUGCCAGAUCUAAGCUAAAGAAGGAUAAUGGUUCGAUUAACUACAACAAGUUUUGGAUCGGCCUGCAUAGGAUUGACAACAUAGGCAACCAAAGCUUUGCGUGGGCAGAUGGGAACCCUUCCAGUUAUAGGAGAAAUGCAAUUAAGUCGAUGCACCCAAGGGAUGGACAGGACUGCGUUUAUAUGGAAUUGAAUGCGGCAAGAAGCGAUGGAACUAUAUGGUCCAGUGCGAAUUGCGACCAAGAAUAUAAUUGGAUUUGUCAAUUACCUUCACAUCCUUACGAAAAGCCCAAGAAAUUUACCAAAAUAGUAUCGUUAAAUUUCCCGAAAAACGAUUACGACGAAAGUGAUGAUGUAACGUUGCUAAACUUAUCGGCGAACAUGAAAUGCCAAGUUUUAACCGAGGAAGGUGUCAUAUGGGACAAAAUGGAUUUGGAACAGUAUUCCUUUGCACCCUGUCCCGAUAAAGCUCAAGGGUUAGCGUAUAGGAUUUGCUUAAAGAAUACAACGACCGGGAGAAAUAUCAUGGGAAAAACUGUUUAUUCGCAAUGCGUCAAACCUAUUUUCUCCGAAAUCAAUAAAAUGAUGAGUCAAAAUUUACCGGCCUUUGAAAUCAGUUCUUCUUUACUGAAUUCUACUAAAGAUAUGAGCGGGUUCAGGCCCGUGGAUCUGCAAGUGACAUCGGUCUUGUUAAACGACAUCAUAAGGCUCCAAGAAAAGCAACUCAUGGAUAGAGGGUACGGUAAGGACGAAAAAAAGAAGAUUUCUAAGAAAUUUAUGAAUAGUAUAGGGAGCACUUCUAGCAAGCUCAUAGACCCCGACACUCAAGGUAUUUGGAAUACGAUGAAUAACCAAGAAAAAACGGCGACUUUGAACCAAAUUAUAUCUUCCAUAGACAAAAAUGUUGAUAUCUUGGCUCAACAUAAUAAAGAAAAAUCUGAAUUCAAUUUUCCCAACAUAAUCAUAAAAAAUGAUAUGGUCAGCGGACUCAAGGACAAGGAAACCUGGAAUUUUAACUCCGCUAGCGAUUUUUCGAAAUUUAAGAGCGCGAAAAAAGAGGAAGUCUCCGUCAAUCUAUUUAGCCAAUUGAUCGAAUAUAGGAAUCCCGAAAAAAACAAAAUUACGCCACGUAAUUACGAAGAGUUCGUUUCUUUCGUAGCCUUCAAUAACUUGAAUAAUCUGUUCGAUCAAGCACGGCUUAUCAAAAAUGACCCUAACCAUAUGGGGGAGACUAAAGGAGAUAAUAACUACAAAUAUAGUAUAAGCCAUCCCAUAAUAUCUGUGAACACCAAAUUACUUCUCCAAGACUGAGCUAACCAGAAUGAAUCAGUUAUGGUAAAUAUAGCUGGAUCUCCUAAGGCUAGUCAAAUAUUGACAAUAUCUUACGCACUGGACCCUAAGGAUACUAAGACAUAUCGAUGUGCC